GAAGAGGAGGAGAGGAAGGAGGAGCGAGCAAGGGAACAGACUGGCUGGGGCUCGCAGCUCUCAGUCUCUCCUCUGUGCUUUGAGAAGCAGCUCUUCUCUGCUUUUCCUCUCUCCCUCGCACUCACUGGCUUUCCUUUACUCUUUUGCCUGAGCUGAGAAGAGCAAACGCAGCGGAAGAGGAGCUCACUCGCUCCAACUCCUGCCGCGCCAUGCUGCCCUGGAGAAGGAAUAAGUUUGUUCUGGUGGAGGAUGAGACCAAGAGUAAACCCAAGAGCCUGGGGACCGGGCUGACCUACCACUCCAUCCUCUCCUCUCUCCUGCGCUCCUGUCCGGACCUGCUGCCCGACUGCCCCUUCGACUGGGUGGGCAACAUCUUCCAGACCAAACGGCAAAAGGUGGAACUGAACAAAGAGGAGCCUGUUUACAACGUGCGCUACCUGGGGAGCGUGGUCACCAUCACGGCAAAGGGAGACGGCUGCACCCAGGAGGCGGUGGCCAAGAUCUGGGCGAGGAGCAACUACGGGGAGCAGAGUGUCAAGAUGAGGUUAACAGUGGGUCCGCAAGGCAUCCGGAUGAGUGCUGACAAAUCUGGGAAAAAGAAACCAAUCCAUCUCUACUCUCUGAACAGAAUCACCCACUGCGGCGCCGACCCGUGCCGGCCCAAGAUCCUGGCUUGGAUCUACAGACACCAGGUCAAGAACAUGGCCGUGGUGCUCCGGUGUCACGCUGUUCUGGUCAGCAAGUCGGAGAAGGCCCAGGCCAUCGCCCACAGCCUCUACCAGAACACUACCUCCGCCUUCAGUGAGUUCAAACGGCUGAAGCGGCAGAGCGACUUCCGGCACUGCCAGCAGCAGCUGCUGGGCGAGGAAGCGGUGCCCCUGAUGCCGCUGCGGAGGCUGCUGAACGGGCAGUGCCACUACAGACCGCCUGCGGAUAACCCCGGCAGUGCCGCCCGCCUCUGCUCCAUCACAGAAGAAGAAGAGGAGGAAGAGGGCGAUGAGGACAGUGAAGAUGAGAAGCAGGAGAUGGAGGAACCGGAGGAGGAUGUAGAGGAGCAGCAGGAAAGACAGGUUUUCACAACAAACACAGACCCGACUCAGUUAUUAUCAGAGUUGGACAUUGGAGAUAUUGCCAGACUGGAGCAGUGCCAAAUCAACUUUAUCAGCGACAGCAACAACAACACGUUUACAUUUAUAACCUCUCUGGUGUGACAGUUUAAAGAAUGCAAUCCGGCAGCACUACAGUAACACAUUCCUCUCUUUACCCUUCGUCGGUACCCCACUCAGGCUCCCUCCUGCCCCGUCCACGUAAUGUGAAGUGUUUACCAGAAACUUCUCCGACUACCGGGUGGUGGAGAAAAGGCGGAGGAUCAUUCUGUGGGAGUAAUUUCUGCUCUGGCCAGAUGGCUCAGACGACGGUUUGACUGUAGCAGUUUGGGAAACUGCGUGUUUACAAAGAGGGCUGGUGAUGCACAGACCAACGAUAGCACAAUGACGAACGAGGACAAUGACGCUGAUAUCACUGGGUCACAUAUUGGUCACAGCACCAAGCAGUAAGUGUUUAUUAGUCCUCUACCGUCUUAUUUUUGUGAGUAUAAUAAAGCCGUGAUUGCCAGCAGGGACGUUUUUUUCAGAUCAACUUGUAUAUUUUUUCAGGGAGGUUCUUCGUAAAUUUGUGUAAUUUUUCUAGUAUGACAAUCCUCACUGAAAUUGUUCGCAGACUGACCUUUCCGAGCGCUUACAAUUGCGAAAAGUUUAUUACGGUUUUAGUAAUGAUCGUGACCGACUACCGAAUAAGGCUAUAAUUUAGGAAGCAAGCCAUUGAGUUGACAUGUUUAUUGCUGUCACUUGUUCCGAUCCUUAUCAUUUAUGCAUGCCAUGUCAGCAGUAACCUUUUCGCGCUGAGCUUUUGUCUUUUUUCAUGUGACACCUUUGAUCCUUUGGCUUUUAAAAUGAACACUGUGAUAAAUGUGUGGCCGGGGAGAAAACACACAACUGUUCAUGCAGCAAUGUCUAAUUUAUGUAAUGCAUCUUUUUGUCAUAUACCUAUUGCAUUGUCACCUGGCUUUCCAAAACAACAACAACAACAACAAAAACAGAUCUCGAUUUGCGAUGCUUUGCUCUUUUUAGCCAAGUCUUGCUAAUGCAGUUUUUCCACAUGAGCCCUCACAAAAAUGCGGAUGGACCCUUACAAUUUAACACAAACUGUUUGGAAUAUGACUUUUUUCCUGUUGAUAAUAUCUGUACUACCGUCUAAAGAUGCAUUGUGAUUAUUAUGAGAUGAAGCUAUUUAUUUUCCAAACAUGAUGAAUAAAAAUUACCCUCACUUGGGUUUCCUUCUUGAA